AUGUCACCCAAGGCUGGGCGUUUGGGCGGUGAAGCUUGUCCUAUUCACUCCAUAAUCACUGUCUGUAUGACCUCGAUUCCCGCCCCAAGACGAUAUAUCUGUGCACACGGUGUGCGCGCCAAACGAAUUCCCAACCAUCUCGUAGCCAUCGCGAGCAGCUCUGUUCGGCAACACGGAGAUGCAGCAGCACAGCGCAAAGAGCACCGAGUGGAAGUAGAACAGGAGCAGGGACAGGAACAAGAUGAGCACACAGCAGGAGAACAGAGAGGGGAAGGAGCAUUGACGCGACGGUUGCGGAGCAUGAGCGAAGAAGCAUUGGAAACAGGCGGACACAGUGCCCUCAAAGUCCUCGAGGGAGCAGGCUUCAGCGCCGAACUGAAGGCCCAGCUUGAACAGCGCAUCGCUGCGGCCAACUUCAAGUCCUCAGAAGCAGACCUCCCCACCACUGCCUCUCGCCGCACGCGCGAUCUUGCCACGGCCGAAGCAUGGUCCGGUACCGAAUCCAUACACGAUGCGAGCCUGCGCAUGCUCAACGACGCUCACAGGCCAAUGCGACUGGGAAGACCGCCAAAACUACCCGGCGUGCAGCCACCACGGUCGGUUGACACAGGCUACAAGCGUAGCAAGGAGGGGCGUGGACUCAGGCUGGCCAACGCACGUGAUAGGAGCACCUUUUAUGCCAGCGUUAAGGAUGAUGCCGACAUGGAGGCAGCAGAUCGCGAGAAACGACUCCAAGAGCUCAAGGAUCGCUUUGAUCCACAUGCCCGCGUCAUUGUUCCCGGAUCCAUUCAAGGCCUUGCCUCGCUUGCAAAUAAGAGGAUUGAGGAUGCCAUUGCUCGUGGUCAGUUCAAGAAUUUACCUCGAGGCAAAGGAAAGAAUGUCAAGCGCGACCACAAUGCGUCGAGUCCUUUCAUUGAUACGACUGAGUACUUUAUGAACAAGAUUAUUCAGAAACAAGAUAUUGUACCACCGUGGAUCGAGAAACAACAAGAGCUUACAUCAACAGCGGCCAAGUUUCGCAGUCGACUGAGGAAUGACUGGACGAGGCAUGCUGCUCGUAUGAUAUCUAGUAAAGGCGGGUCACUACAGGAUCAAAUUCGGAGAGCAGAAGCAUAUGCACAGGCAGAGGUGAAUGCGAACCCUCUGAAGAAGCAGGAAAGCCUCACAACAGUAGAUAAUGAGGGGCAUCUGUCGCAAAUCUCGCUAUCGGGAGGACUAAAAAUGAAUUCCUCGCAAGAGACCUUACCAGGCAGAGGCGCCGUCAUUACUGAAGAAAUCACAGCCGAGAGGAUCACACUCGACUCAACGCCAUGUGCUGUCCCUCGAAGUCUAGUAGCGGCUACCGUAACAGAGUCUUCUAUACAGACUGUGCAAGUACCUAUCAGCACACCCUCCCCCACCGUCCCGCCAGCACCCCACCCCUUCCGCGAUCCAGACUGGGAACGCAUCGAAUUUACUUACCAAACCCUCGCCAUCAAAGACCUCAACGACAAAGCACGUUCCUAUAAUCUCCAAGCACCUGAAUUAGCUAAGAGACCAUACUUUAACCUCCAGCGCGAAUUGAAAUCUUGCUACGCUGAUGUGGCGCCUCGGCUUGCGGGAGUGAUCCUUGAUCGUGCGAGAGGGCCACCGAAGAAGACAAAUGCGGAAUUAGGAGUCGGGAGGGGGGACAAGAAGGCGUGGGGUGGGCUAGUGGGUGGGCCGGUUAGGGUGAGGGAUGAGAGGAGGGAGAAACAGUAUGGAUUUAGGCAGUUUUGGAACGAUUUGUGGGCGGAUAAGUCGAGCAAUCCGUAUUGA